UCGGAGUUGCGCGGCGAAGUUCGGCUUCCUGAGCCGCGGUGGGCGUGGCCGCUGUAGGCUGCGAGCCAGGCUGGGAAAGCGGUGGUCGCUGAUUGGGUUGCUGGGGUUCGGUUGUUGCAGUCGCGCGCGAUGUUCUUCUCCGAGGCCAGAGCCAGGUCGCGGACGUGGGAAGCAAGUCCCUCGGAACACAGGAAGUGGGUGGAAGUAUUUAAAGCAUGUGAUGAAGAUCACAAAGGAUAUCUCAGCAGAGAGGACUUUAAAAUUGCUGUUGUAAUGCUGUUUGGGUACAAGCCCUCCAAGGUAGAAGUGGAUUCUGUGAUGUCUUCAAUAAAUCCAAAUACUUCUGGUAUAUUACUCGAGGGGUUUUUAAAUAUUGUCAGGAAAAAGAAGGAAGCUCAACGAUAUCGGAAUGAAGUAAGACACAUCUUCACAGCCUUUGACACGUACUAUCGUGGAUUUUUAACUUUGGAAGAUUUCAAAAAAGCAUUUAGGCAGGUGGCUCCCAAAUUACCAGAAAGGACUGUUCUUGAGGUAUUCAGUGAAAGGAUUCAAUGCAAAACCAGCACAGGGAAGGGUACAUGGGGUGAAGUCCAGGAGAAACCAGAUGCCAGUUUCCCAUUGUUCCCCUCCAGUGGAGUCACAGAGAACACAAUUCCCCAACAAGGCCUAAGGAUUUUCAGCAAGUGUUUACUCUGCCAUGUUGACCAGAAGUCUAAUAACCGCUCCUCCGGCCUCUUAGCAGCUGACUCCAUCAUUCAGGCACGCCCCUCACCUGUGCAGAUUCUCAGCUCCAGGAUUCUGCCUUUGCCCCCAACAAUCUACUUCAGGUCUCUUCUCCACCCAAUAAAUAAGUCCAGCAAUGAUCCUUGUGAAAUGUACAUCAGGAGGGGCCUUCUCAUCUCACCUAUGAUAGGGGCAAUGUAAAAUGGUACAGCCACUUUGGAAGACAGUUUGGCAGUUUCUUACGAAGCUAAACAUAGUCUUACCACAUGACCCUGCAAUCAAGCUCCUAGGUAGUUGCCCAACUGGUUUGAAAAUUCCAUCCACACAACAACUUGCAUAUGAAUGUUUAUAGAAGCUUUCUUCAUCAUCACCAAAAACUAGAAGCAACCAAGAUAUGUUCUUAAGAGGUGAAUGGAUCUUCUACAAAAUACCUGACCAAUCCUCCUCAAAACUGUCCAGCCCAUCAAAAACAAAGAAAGCCUAAGAAACUCCAAGAGGACGCCAGGCGCAGUGGCUCACGCUUGUAAUCCCAGCACUUUGGGAGGCCGAGGCAGGCGGAUCACGAGGUCAGGAGAUCGAGACCACAGUGAAACCGCGUCUCUACUAAAAAUACAAAAAAAUUAGCCGGGCGUGGUGGCAGGCGCCUAUAGUCCCAGCUACUUGGAGAGGCUGAGGCAGGAGAAUGGCGUGAACCCGGGAGGCAGAGCUUGCAGUGAGCCGAGAUUGCGCCACUGCACUCGAGCCUGGGCGACAGGGCGAGACUCCGUCUCAAAAAAAAAAAAAAAAAAAAACUCCAAGAGGAACCUCUGGAGCCAUGGUGACUAAAUGUAAUGCAAUAGCCUAGAUGGGAUCCUAGAACAGGAAAAGGACAUUAUGGGAAACCCAGGAAAUCUGAAUAAAGUAUGAACUUUAGUUAAUAAUGUACCAGCAUUAGCUCUUUAAUUGCAGCAUAUGUAUCAUGCACAUACAAUGUUCAUAAUAGGGAAAACCGAGUGCGUGAUAUAUAUUAAUUUCUAUACUAUCUUAAUUUUUCUGUAAACCUAAAACUGUUCUAAAGUAAAAAGUUUUUUUUAAAAAUUCAGAUCUGGCCGGGCGCAGUGGCUCACGUCUGUAAUCCUAGCACUUCGGGAGGCCGAGGCGGGCGGAUCACCUGAGGUCGGGAGUUCAAGGCCAGCCUGACCAACAUGGAGAAACCCCCGUCUCUACUAAAAAUACAAAAAAUUAGCCGGAUGUGGUGGUGCAUGCCUGUAGUCCCAGCUACUCAGGAGGCUGAGGUAGGAGAAUCGCUUGAACCCGGGAGGCAGAGGUUGUGAUGAGCCGAGAUCAUGCCACUGCACUCCAGCCUGGGCAACAAGAGCGAAACUCCAUCUCAAAAAAAAAAAAAUCCGAUCUUACUUUACGGUGGAACUUCUAUACCUUUCCACUAUUUAAAUUUAUAAUAAAAGUUGAAGGUGUCAAUUAAAAAUAUGGAAAAAGGAGUACAUUUCAGAAUAAUGUUAUGUAAUACUUAGCAAAAAACGUGUGUAAAGCACCACUUACGUCACUUUUUUUUUUUUGUCUGUGAAACAGAGUUUCACUUCUUCUGUCCAGGCUGGAGUGCAGUGGCGCGAUCUCUGCUCACCGCAACCUCCGCUCCUGGGUUCAAGCAAUUCUCCUGCCUCAGCCUCCUGAGUAGCUGGGAUUACAGGCAUGCUCCACCGCGCCCAGCUAAUUCUGUAUUUUUAGCAGAGAUGGGGUUUCAUCAUGUUGCCCAGUCUGGUCCCGAACUCCUGAGCUCAGACGAUCCACCCUCCUCAGCCUCCCAAAGUGCUGGGAUUACAGGCUUGAGCCACCGCGCCCGGCCACUUACAGCACCUUUAUAGGACCCUCUGACUGCACCCUCAACGAUGGCCUCCCUAAUGUGGUCAGGCCUUUGCCGUAGGGAAGUGUGUUCACAGCCUCUUAUAUGACUUGGAUUGGUUUCUGACAAAGAAGAGACCUCAUAUAUUUUAAAGUAUUUUUGACUUGCAUUUUGAAAACAUUCAAAAAAAGAAAGUCUCCAGCUUUCUAUUAUACUGCUUUCAAUAUACAUUUCCAGGAAAGAAAUCCCUUAGCUUUGGAUCUAUUGAAAAGAAAGGCCUUUCUACUUCUUUUGAACUUGGUAAUUUCUCACAGUGCUGAGAAAACUGUAAGGUGCCAUCCACCCAUAAGGUGUAGUUCCUAGAUUCGCCCUGCAGCAGGUCUCCAAAGGGCUGCUAAUGAGUGGCGCACACCCGCAUGCUGGGAGGAGCCCUCCCCCUGUUCUCUCUGCAGUCCUGGUGGCUUGGCCUCAGCUUGGCACUGAGUCAUAGCCUUGGAAAACCAGCAUGGUCAUUGUGAGAUUACUCAGGGACUAAUGUGAUUUUACAAAGUUCAUGUUUUCUACAUUAAAGUUGUAAUGGUUAACAAGCCUAAUUCUUCCUUUAAGCUUUUACUUUAUAGACAGAUCCUAUUCUUCUAUUUAUAAAUCCAGAAAAUUGUAUGAAUCACUCUAAGGUGUCUUUCAUAAUUCUGUUACAUUUCCAUACAUUUUACCUGCAUGUAUAAAAUAUAUAUUCAGUUAUUUUUCUAUAUUAGGGUUCUCUAUAGGGACAGGACUAAUAGGAUAUAUGUAUAUACAAAGGGGAGUUUAUUAAGGAGAAUUGAUUCACAUGAUCACAAGGAGAAGUCCCACGAUAGGCCGUCCGCAAGUUGAGGAGCAAGGAAGCUGGUCAUGGCUCAGUCCGAGUACCAAAACCUCAAAAGUAGGGAAACCAACAGUGCAGCCUUCAGUUUAUGGCCAAAGGCCCGAGAGCCACUGGUGAAAAAGCUGAAGAACUUGGAGUCUGAUGUUCCAAGGAGGGCAGGAAGCAUCCAGCACGGGAGAAAGAUGAAGACCAGAAGACCCAGCAAGUCGGCUUCCCCCACCUUCUUCUGCCUGCUUUAUUCCAGCCGUGCUGGCAGUUGAUUGGAUGGUGCCCACCACGUUGAGGGUGGGUCUGCCUCUCCCAGUCCACUGACUCAAAUGUUAAUCUCCUUUGGCAACACCCUCACAGACACACCCAGGAACAAUACUUUGCAUCCUUCAAUCCAGUCAAGUUGACACUUAAUAUUAACCAUCACACUUUAUUUGAUUGAUCUUUUUAGGAAUUUAUCAAUUUCAUUAACCUUUUCAAAAUGCCAACUUUUGGUCUUGUUGCUUUUCUUUUCUGUUUGUCUUCUGUUUCAUUAUUUCUGCUCUUAAUUAUUAUUAUUUCCUUUCUUUUUUGCUCUUUGUUUUUUCGCUGCUUGAGAAAUUAAGAUCAUUGACUUCCAGUAUUUGUUUUCUAAUAUAUAUAUUUAAGGUUAUAAAUUUCCAGUGAGUACUGCUUUAGCUGCAUCUCAGAAGUUUUUAUACAUUUUAUCUUCUUUAUAAUUAUAAAACAUAUUUUCUAAUUUCUGUUGUGAUUGCUUCUUUGACACGUGCGCUGUUCAGAAAUGAAA